AUGCUGGUCAUUAAAAAGGGCAAUACAAAAGAACUGCAGAUAUCUGGAUUUCCAGUAGUAGGAAGUCUUCAUUCACAGCCAGUAAGGAAUGGAACUGGCACUAGUGUUUAUAAAGGAUUAGUUCCUAAACCUGUCACUGCACCCACAAAGCCUACACAGUGGAAAAGCCAAGCAAAAGAAAACAAACUUGGGAAUCCAUUUACUCAUGAAUCUGCAUAUGGUGUUGGCAAUUUCAGUCCUUUCAAAUCAACUGCCAAGGCAUUUACUAUAUCACAAAAUUCAGUGAAAGAGUGUAAUCGGUCAAAUUCUUCAUCCCCUGUUGACAAAAUUGGUCAGCCUCGUUUAACAAAAUUGACAAGAAUGCGGACUGAUAAGAAGAGUGAAUUUUUGAAAGCACUGAAACGAGAUAGAGUGGAAGAGGAACAUGAAGAUGAGAAUCAUGCUGGGCAAGAGAAG